GAUAGACCCCCACCCCCCCACCCCCGCCCGGUCCACAUUACUCACGCCGCUUGUCUCAAACAAACCCCCGCGUGUUUAGUUUAGCCGCCGAGCGUGGUGCGAUGGCUCCGGUGAAGGUCGUCAGGAUCGACUCGGAUUUCCAAUCGGAGCUGGCGGCCGCCGGCUCCAGGCUGGCCGUGGUGAAGUUCACAAUGGCCGGGUGUCGGCCUUGUAUCAGAAUAGCUCCUGCUUUCCAGUUGUUAACUAACAAGUAUCCGCAGGUCAUCUUCCUCGAAGUAGAUGUCCAUGUUUGUCAAGGGACAGCAGCAGCCAACAACAUCACAGCGACACCCACUUUCCUGUUCUUCCGGAACCGGGUUCGUGUGGACCAGUACCAGGGCGCCGACGCCGCAGGUCUGGAGGAGAAAAUCAAACAGCACACAGAGAAUGACCCUGGAAACGAGGAUUCAGAUAUUCCAAAGGGAUAUAUGGACCUCAUGCCUUUUGUCAACAAAGCUGGCUGUGAGUGCCUCAACGAGAGCGACGUCUGUGGCUUCAAUAACUGCUUAACCAAAGACUCCACAUACUUGGAGUCCGACUGUGAUGAACAGCUGCUGAUAACGAUGGCCUUCAACCAACCAGUCAAGCUUUUCUCAUUGAAGCUUCAGUGCUCAGACUUGACUCAAGCCCCGAAGGAGGUCAAGGUGUUCAUCAACCUCCCUCAGACAUUAGGUUUUGAUGAUGCUGAGAGGAGUGAGGCCACCCAGAUGCUGGAGCUGUCAGAGGAAGACUACAAAGACGACGGUUUGAUCCCACUGCGUUACGUCAAGUUCCAGAGUGUCCAGAGUGUCACGGUUUUCAUCAAGUCCAACCAAGGAAACGAAGAGACAACAAAAAUCAACUACCUGACGUUCAUAGGCACUCCAGUGCAGGCCACCAACAUGAAUGACUUUAAAAGGGUUGUGGGGAAGAAGGGGGAGAGUCACUGAGGAGAGAGAAAUUCACGUGGGGGCCAUAUUGUUGCAGACACAUGUAAAGUCUUGCCUCUUAUGCUCACCUAUGAGACACACAGACACACAUGCACCGUUUCCUGCUUUACUCAAUAUGCUUCAGAAUUAUUCUCCACCUGUGGAGAUUAUAAUUCUAGGAAUCACUACACUGAGAGAGCCAUGAAACCGGACUCAAAUUUCAUGUUUGUGCAAACCUACGUGGCCAAUAAAUACGAUUCUGAUUCUGAUUCUGAUCAUUUUUAUUGUAAUACAAGAAAUUCAUUGUAAAUAAAAUGCAAUCACUUCUCAUGCA